GAGUGAAUGACAGGAGAGGAGAGGAGAGGGAGAAAAAGAAAACCCAAACGAAAGUUUUUAAAAUAUAUCAGAAAAGGAGAAAAAGCCUGCCUCUUUCUUUCUCUCUCUGUCAUUUCAUUGCCUGCUUAAAUCUUUGCUACUGCUCUGCAUUUUGCUGCUCACCCUUCUUCAACCCUGACUCACUAAUUGGAAAAGCAAAAAGGGGGGGCAGACUCCACCAGACACCGCCCCCCUGUCUUCUUAACUGUGGAGUGGGUGGGGUGCUUCUGCUUUGCUUUCUCUUUCUACAAAUUGAAAUCCUCUCUCCCUCUCUCUAUCUGUCUCUCAAAAAAACAGGGGACUCUUCUUCUCUUCUCUUGCCUUCUUCUUUGUAUUAUUCAGGAUGCCUAGGCCAGGCCCAAGGCCUUAUGAGUGUGUGAGGAGAGCUUGGCACAGUGAUAGGCAUCAACCCAUCAGGGGCUCUCUCAUUCAAGAAAUUUUCAGGGUUGUCAAUGAGAUUCAUAGCUCUGCAACAAAAAAGAACAAGGAAUGGCAAGAGAAGCUCCCUAUUGUUGUUUUGAAAGCUGAAGAAAUUAUGUACUCCAAAGCCAACUCUGAGGCUGAAUACAUGGAUCUUAAGACUCUUUGGGACCGGGCAAACGAUGCCAUUAACACUAUAAUUCGAAGAGAUGAGAGUACUGAAACUGGAGAGUUUCUUCAGCCUUGUAUUGAAGCCUCUCUAAAUUUGGGUUGCCCACAGAGAAGGGCAUCGAGGAGCCAGCGAAAUAAUAAUCCGAGAUGUUACCUCACUCCCAGCACUCAAGAACCCAUCAGUAUUUCCCCCAGCAUUUUAGAGAAUUCCCCUCAGGGGAAUCAUACAACCAUUUCGCAGGUUAUGUCUCGUUACGCAACCUUUAUAAAACCCUCAUCCAUGAGUGUGAUCCAGCCUGGUUUGGAACCUCACAGCACUGCUUUCCACAACAAUGAUUGCCCCACUAGCAAAUUCCUCUUUUCCUCUGAGAACUGUCCUCCAUCUGGUAAUAAGUGCUUACAAAUGGAAGUUUAUCCUGCUUCGAACUUAUGUGCAGUUUAUCCCGUGUAUGAUGGAAACCAGCUUCAAUGUGAAGAAUCCCAGUGUGGUUUUGGUGUUCAAUCCCAUCCAAAGUCUAACCCUAUGGAGCCUGCAGGGAUGGGUACCAUACAAAACCUUUUCUCUUAUGCUAUAGAUCCUACAAAGAAGCCCAGUCAGACGGAUUUUGGUCAUGUUACUGAGAACUCUCCCAAGAUUGACUGUGAUCUGUCAUUGCGGUUGGGCCCUCUCUCAAUUCCCUGUGUAAGUGUAGAAAACAGUUGGCCCCAAGAGUUUGAGGAUGUUGGUUCCAGUUGUUCCCGGGAAGGGAGCAAGUUCAGUGAUCUGUCACCACAAGUGGAUAAACAGUUCCCUUUCUUCCCCAGGGGCAAUACUGAUGACCCAUUAGACUCCUGCUUGAGUAAAAGGAGUUCUGAGGGUGAGAAUUUGAAUAUGGAAGCAACAAUGAGAAAGCGGAAGGCAGUUAUUAGUUACCCAUUGGAGGAUCGCCAAUUUUGUUGCCAGCCAAAGCUUCCAUAUAACUACCUUCCUGGAAGAAUGAGAAAUGCAGGUUCGUAAACUAACUUUUGCUUUAGUAUGUUUCUCCAAAAAUUUGAAAUGGCUCAGCAAAUAUGUAUUGGAGAGGCUUUUGUUGUACUUGACAGUUCUAUUCAUGUAGUGAUGAGUUGCUUGUUGCAAUGUUGCAAAUAUGGGAAAUGUAAAUAGAGACUCAAUUUAAAUUAGAUGAUGUGAUUGCUGACCAUCUAGGAACCGAACAGUUUGAUCUACAAUGUAUAAAGAAAUGUUAUAUUUAACUAAAUGCUACCUGUGGAACUUAAGUCCU